UUAUUUAUUUUUUUAAAUUGCAGAGUGAAGCGUCACACAGACGUAGACGAUCUUUGUCACAAACAUGGCAGCGCGCAUGUGAAUGUCAUGCCAUUUUAAUCUAUUCCCUGAAUCAGUUCAUGUUUGGGCACGCUUACGUUAAAGCUGACGUGUAAAUUACAUUUUACAGAAUUGUGGUUUGAUUCACCUCAAACCGCUAAGCCGUAACUUAGCUACUUGAUUCAUUAGCUGACCAGCUCUCAAUGUUAGCAUUUUAGCAACAAAUUAGCAGUCAUCUCUACGAUGGAUCCUGACCAACAACUGAGAAAUUUGCGGGAUUUCCUUUUGGUUUACAACCGCAUGACUGAAACUUGUUUCCAGCGAUGCAGCAGCAACUUCAACUACAGAAACCUUACCAUGGACGAGGAGCGAUGUGUGGACAGCUGUGCGGGGAAGCUGAUCCGCUCUAACCACCGCCUGAUGAGCACCUAUGUGCAGCUGAUGCCUCGGAUGGUGCAGCGUCGGAUGGAGGAGAUGGAGAGCAAGGCGGCAGAAAAUGCCAAGGCAGCAGAGGCAGCUGCUUCUGCAUAUGUGGAGCCCCCUGCCACAGAGGCCUCACCAGCAUUUUCAACCACCAUCACCUUAUCUCCACCACCACAAGUAUCUCCACUGCUGGAUCAACCUUUUACCUCAAUGACGAUUGACGAUGUCGGAGUCGGACCACAGGCCCACGGCUCAGUCUUAAAGCGAGCAGGAUCAGAUAUUCCAGUUGAGCUUGACACUGCUGUUUCCAAAUUCACAGCAGCCCCAGAAGUUAAAUUAUCAGCUGCCUCCCCACUCACACCUGUGACUGAAACGGUGAAUCUCUCAGUGCUUAAUGAAGCUGGCAAUGGACCAUCUUAUAAAGCAAGCUUUGCUCAGCCGCCAAUAGCUGGUGCCCAAAUUGAGUCUGAGAUCUCAGCGCCUGUGUUUAUGCCAUCUAAACCAAUGUCUUUAUCAGGAGAUGUGCCUGUGUCAACAGUAGCUGCACCUACAAUGUCCAAAUCCAUUGAGAGCCUGUCAGGCCAAGAGAGAGCCCCAGAGGUUCCCCCGCCAUCAGGCCAGUAAUGAUGGCCAUUCUGGGUCUGUCUUAGGUGGUUAAACUGUUAGCGAUAUGGCCCUGACUCCCACCACAAACCGUCAGUUUGAGUAACUCAAAUGUGAGAUUGCUGAAAAAAAUAGUUGAUUAAUAGAUUUACAUUAAUUAUUGAAUAUAUCAACUUUUCAACAACUAAUAUACAUGAUAUGUCAUAAGUUUUUCUGGCUACAGUCUCUCAAAUGUGAGUAUUUAAUGCUUUUCUGUUUUCAUAUUGUAAAUAAAAAAUUGUUGGUUUGACAAAACUAGCAACUUGAAGACCUCA